AUGGCGGAACAGAUCCACCAAUUGGAGUUCAUGAGGUCUCAGUUCCAGGAAAUGGUGGAUGCCUAUGAAAACAAGACCUCUGAGCAGGAAAUGGAGAUUACCUACCUACGCAAGGAAGUUCAGCAGAAAAACAACUUGCUGGAGGAAGGCAUAGCCCAGCGGGACAAUCUAGAAAAAGUCAUAAAAGAGAAGGAAAAGGAAAUAGAGCAUUUUAAGCGAGAAAGAGAGGACAACUUGAAAGAACCACAAGAUCUUCGGAUACAAAUCGCUCUGAGGGACAAAGAUCUGCAGAAACGCGAUCAGGAUGUACAACUCCUUUUAGAGGAAUUAGAAAAUUGGCAGAAGGAAUCAGAGGAGCUUGUCCGUUGCAAAUUGAGGCAAGAAGAGUUCUAUGAGUCUCAGUUCCACGAAAUGGAGGAUGCCUACGAAAAAAAGAUCUCCGAGCAGGAAAAGGAGAUUACCUGCCUAUGCAAGGAAGUUCAGCAGAAAAACAACUUGCUGGAGGAAGGCAUAGCCCAGCGGGACAAUCUCAACAAGAAGCUGGAAUGCGUCGAGAUGGAUAAUAGCCAUCGAAACAGCUGGCUGAGGCUGAGCUGA